AUGGGUUGUGGGGGAGGGGUGGGGGGGUGUGGUGUUUUUGAGUGGUUGGGGGGGGAGGUUUUUGUAAUUGGGUGUUUAGUGGUAGAGGGACAGGAAAAGGAGCCUCCUCUCUGGGCUGGGGAGCAGCACAAAGGCCCUCUCUGGAGCCUCUUCUCUGGGCUGGAGAGUGGCACUAAGACCCCACUUGGAGCCCCCUCCCUGGAGCCCUCUCUGGAGUCUUUUCUCGGGGCUGGAGAGCGGCACAAAGGCCUCAGAGUGUGGAAUGUGGACGACACACUUCACUCUUGCUCAGAGUCUGUGGCCCCAGAGUCUGUGGCCCCAGAGUCUGUGGCCCCUGAGUCUGUGGCCCCUGAGUCUGUGGCCCCCGAGUCUGUGGCCCUAAAGUCUGUGGCCCUAGACUCUGUGGCCCUAGAGUCUGUGGCCCUAGAGUCUGUGUCCCUAAAGUCUGUGGCCCCGGAGUCUGUGUCCCUAAAGUCUGUGGCCCCGGAGUCUGUGGCCCUAAAGUCUGUGGCCCUAAAGUCUGUGGCCCUAAAGUCUGUGGCCCUAAAGUCUGUGGCCCCGGAGUCUGUGGCCCUAAAGUCUGUGGCUCUGGAGUCUGUGGCAGGUGCUGGGGCCUGA